AUGGGCAUUGCUUGGGUAACUUCUGGUGUUUUUUGUCAUGUGCCAUUCUUGUAUAUAGUGUACAAUUCGAUCAUAAACAGAUAUGGAUCUUUCAAAGUGCCUUUCUGCCUCUGUAUAACGGCAUGUGAGUUCGGAAUCGUGAUUCAAUGUGUGUCAAACGUCUAUAACUACAUGCAAGUGUGGCCAUCUCCUGAACCGAGAGACAAUGACUUCGACGGAUUGGUAUUGUCGCAUUGA